AUGGCGACCAUGGGGGUAACGGUGUUUUGCAAUAGAGUACAGAUAAACGGCAAUGAUCAAGAACAAUUGAUGUUGCUGCGAACGUUACAAGAUAAUGAGAAUAAUAUCAUAGGUAAUCAAUCAGCAUUGGCAGUCCCAAAAAGCAACACUAGCAGUAACGCAACGAACUCUACGACGGUGUUACCCCCGUACGAUCCUACCAGACUGAAAAAACACGGCAAGAAUGGACAACCACCUCCUGUCGCUGUUGCUCGAAGAAACGCCAGGGAAAGGAAUCGCGUGAAACAAGUAAACAAUGGAUUUGCUACCUUGCGGCAACACAUUCCGAGCUACAUUGCUGCAGGCUAUGGCGAUAGGGGUAAAAAGUUGUCGAAGGUAGAGACUCUUAGGAUGGCCGUCGAGUACAUCAGAGGCCUUCAGAGGCUCUUGGCAGAAGCUGACGGCGUUGAAUAUGACUCCAAGACUGUCGGCAUACAGUGCGCUCCUUCUCCAACUAGCAGCGUCAUCUCUUCGACUCAUAACGGCUCUGGCGAGAGACUUGUUCUCGAGGACGAUGUAUUAGCCGCAGAAGAUGACGAGAGGGAACAACUGGAAGAAGAAGAGGAUGAUGCCAAAUCAAAAAUUACAUUAUCCAGACUAUCUCCCAACCGGACUGCCAUUCCAUCCCCACGUGAUUACUACGCAUCUUCGGCAGGAGACGAAGAAAACUUAGAACCACGAACUAUACCUGGUGGACAAAAUUUCUCUAGAUUAUCGCCAAAUUCGGUGGCCUCGCCACCCUCGGAGUAUUAUGCUCAGAAUGAGGAGAAUUUAGAACCGCAGAUUCUAUCUCCCUACAGCGGUGCUGGAGACAGCGAAGAGGGUACGACGACUGUCUACGCGACUAGUCCGGAGACUUUCUCCGGAGCCCUCUACUACAAGCAAGAGAUCACCGAGACGGGGGAAUUCAUGGACGUAGUCAGCUGGUGGGAACAGGAACAGGGAAGACUCGUUCAUCAACAGCACACGCAACGGCUGACGCACGUGUAA